AUGGCGACUUUCGAUACCGAGUCGCUGCGCCUCGCCUUGGAGCUUCGGGACGUGGAGGGGUUCCAGACGGCUGCGAGCGGACGCACGAAGCGUGUGGCUACCGGGAAGAGAACGGUGGCUGCCCCUCGAACGAGAACUCGGCAACCACGAAAGGCCAAAGCCCCGACGGAGCAAACGACAGCCUUAGCGCAGGCUACAGAUACAGAGGCCAAGCAGGAAACGAGCGCACCAGCGAUUGCGUCUGCGGAGGCCUUGCGAUGCUCAGUCUGCAUGGAAGUGCUGAACGAGAACCCGACUUUCCGCGCACCAUGCAACCGCUUGUAUUGCGCGACGUGCCUCAUCGGGCACGUCACCGCUUCCAUUGCUGAUAAAGUUGACGGCGGGCCCGAGUUCCCUCCCGAGUGCUGCUCGGUGCCCAUCCCGAUCCUCGGCGUUGCUCUCGAGCUGCUGCCAGCCCAAUCUGAGGACCCGUUCAUCCCGCCGUCCAACUUCACGGACGAUUACGGCACGUGUGCCGCGUACGGGCAGCAGACGUGCAUACUUUGCAGAACCGCGAAGCACGACGGGAUAUGCCCGGGCGACCCUACGCAGAACGCGGUGCGGGAAGCUGGCACGCCAGAAGGGCUGGCAGCCCUGCACCCGCUGCGGACGUUACGUGGGAGAAGACCGCGGGCUGCCUGCAUAUGUAUUGCUGAUGCGGACGGGAGUUCUGCUACCGAUGUGGCAGAGAUUGGGGGCAUCAUGCCGAGGGUUUCUGGGGGUAGACCAACAGCCUCUUCAGGUGUUCAGCUGAAGGGCUGGGUAAAAUCGUAA